AUGGCGGCAGCAGCAGCUCUUCAUGUUGAAAAAGUUGAACGACCUGAAUUAGCUAAACAUGAUUCAACUAUUCUUGAUCUCGUCUUUGUCAUGGAUUGUACGAGUUCGAUGGGAUCAUAUAUUAAUAGUGCCAAGAGUAAUAUUCGUUCCAUUGUGGAAGAAAUAGUUGUUAGUGAAAAAAGUGAUAUUCAUUUAGCACUUAUUGAAUAUCGAGAUCAUCCACCACAAGAUACUUCAUUUGUUACACGUGUACAUGAUUUUACAGCUAAAGUCAGUGAAAUGAAAAGUUGGUUAGAACAGUGUCAAGCAUACGGUGGUGGUGAUGGACCCGAAGCAGUUGCCGAUGGACUUCAUGAUGUUCUUAAAUUAUCAUGGCGUGCUGAAUCUACUAAAAUUUGUGUUCUUAUUUCGGAUGCACCACCACAUGGACUUGAUCCAAAUGGUGACGGUUUUCCAAAUGGUUGUCCAAUUGGUCUUGAUCCAAUUAAAAUUGUUCGAGAAAUGGCUGAAAAACACAUUACACUCUAUGUUGUUGGUGUUGAACCACCUAUUGUUCCUUAUCGUGAUUUUUUCAUGUCAUUGGCUUAUAUAACUGGUGGACAAUAUGUUCCAAUGGUUACUUCAAAACUUUUAGCAAAAGUUAUUAUUGGUGGAGUACGUGAAGAAAUAUCAUUAGAUCGUUUAAUGCAAGAAGCUCAAGCAGAUAUUGAUCAUGAAAUGCAAAAAGCUGAAGCUGAAGGAGCUAGUGAAAAAGAAAAAGCCAAACGAAUCAAUAAUAUUUUUUCGUCAAAAAAUCUACGUGCAAAACAAAUGCAUAAUUCUUUUGGUGCUGCAUCAUCUUUAGCGACAGAUUGCUAUUCAAAAUGUGUCGAUAUGAGUGAAAUGAAAAGUAAAUUUUCAUCAAAACCGACCGCUCCGUCAGCUGCUUUUGCUAGUGUCAUACCAACAGCAGAAACUACUUAUGAUCUAAUGGAAGAUCAACAUGUCAGUGAAGAACAAGCAUCACGAGUGUAUCAAAAAUGGAACAAUCGUAAAAAAUAA